UCAUGCAUCGCAUGAAAAGAUAAAUAAUUUGAGAGUGAAAAGUAAAACCUGACGAUUGCCGGUGUUCGAUGCAAGGGAGAUGUAUAAGAGCUGUCCAGUAGUUGUCGUUGGCAAAUUAUUUCCCUGAUUUGCAAUCGGAGAAGAGGAAGGGCGUCGCGUGCUCGCUAUUGCAGUAUAAACUCGAUCCUCUUCGAUUCGACUCUCAAGGCUUCGACAAAAUGAACGACGCAGGUGUCUCCAAGCAAAUCCAGCAGAUGGUGAGGUUUAUCCGCCAGGAAGCUGAGGAGAAAGCCAACGAGAUCGCUGUCACCGCUGAAGAAGAAUUUAACAUCGAGAAGUUGCAAUUGGUUGAAGCUGAGAAAAAGAAGAUCAGGCAAGAAUACGAGCGCAAAGAGAAGCAAGUUGAAAUUCGGAAAAAGAUUGAGUACUCUAUGCAGCUAAAUGCUUCUCGCAUAAAAGUUCUUCAAGCGCAAGAUGAUGUGGUUAAUUCCAUGAAGGAAGCUGCAGCGAAGGAACUUUUGAAUGUGAGUCAUCACCACCAUCACCAUGUGUACAGACAGCUUCUGAAAGAUCUGAUUGUUCAGAGUUUGCUAAGACUGAAAGAGCCUUCUGUCCUUCUGCGAUGUCGGAAAGAAGACCUACAUUUGGUGGAGCAUGUGCUGGAUUCAGCUGCACAGGAGUAUGCUGAUAAAGCAAAUGUUCAUCCUCCAGACAUAAUUGUUGACAAACAAGUCUAUCUUCCUCCGGCACCUAGCCAUCACAAUACUCAUGAACCCUACUGUUCUGGAGGUGUGGUUUUGGCAUCUCGAGAUGGGAAGAUUGUGUGUGAAAAUACCCUUGAUGCUCGGCUGGAUGUUGUGUUCCGUAAAAAGCUUCCAGAGAUUCGCAAGGAGCUCUUUGGACAAGUUGCUUGAAGUCUUUGAUUGUACUGUAGCUGCCCCUUUAAUAUUUAUUUUGAACCAGAAGCAUCUGUCGUGCCAAUGCUCAUGUAUUCUUAUGAGCAUCAUUGCCCCCUUAAAUUACUUCAUUUCGGUUGUCUUAGCUUUGUUCCUUUUGGUAUGUGGUGGCAACUCAUGAAUUUCUUGGAUUAUUGGCAAUAAAUCUUUGGUUCAGCAUAUUGUUGCUUAAGCUUCUUUGGUGAUGGUGUUGUAAAAUCUGUUGAACUUAGCUUUAGUGAGGGCAAUAAUUAUUCUUUUAUGAUGUAAGUUUGGUAAUUUGAAUGAAAAACUUAUAUGUGUAAUGCAUUUUCUAGA